AUGAGUUUUACUCAAGCAGCUCUGGACGCUGAGAAUGUCGCGAGCACUUUCAGCAAAUUUGUCGCCUAUGUACCGGAUGAUGCUCCCAAUAUCACCUCCGUAGUCACAGAGUUCUUUACGAUCUAUGCCAGUCUCCGUUCUCUAGAAACUCUCCACAAUUCCCCGCUCAGAUCUAACUUUAUCUACAUUAACAAUGAUGUAGAGUUGGUCGUCGGGGCGAGCCUUCACCAUACUACCCGGGUGAUCAAUGAAGCGUUCAUUGCAAUGGACAACGGCGGCCAGGCACAGGCUUCGCAGCACACUGUCCGGCAGACCUGGAUGAAUUUGCACAAUUACUUCCAACACGAAGCUGGGUAUCCGCUCUCUGUCCGGCUUCAGUACUAUAAGCAAAUGCUGGCGGAACUUAUUUUGGUUGUCAGAAAUGAACGUGGAGAUCAAGCGGCCCUCGUUAACCUCCGUAAAGCGUUAACUAUACUCCGCAUGGCCCAAGAUCAGCGAUAUGCCGCUGAUAUAGAGCGAAGGCGUCAGGUAAAUUUCACCAAUGACGGUCGUACCUUUGGACCCCCUCGGCCCACUACUCCUCUUGGACCAUCCACAACAUUUGCACCCACCAUGCCCACCGCACCUCCUCUAUCAGUAGUCCCUCCCGCACCCCCACCUCCGACUUUAGGUGCGCGUCCCCGUUCAAAUACUCCACCUUUGAAGAGUGCACUGCGCAAACCAACACCGGUCUCCGCAACCCCAACCCUGAAACGGUCAUAUGAACGUCGAAGACCAGCUGGUGGUCGCACCGCAUCUCCACAUGCCCCUGGUUGGUUUGAGGUUGAAAGUCCGGUUCCUUCGUUUGAAUCGCUAGAUUCUCCUUCGACAACGGAUUCUACCAGCACUGAUUCGUUUUCGUUUCUUGAUCCUGUUGAUCACUGGGCUGUGGCUUUGUUCAGUAGCCUUACAACCACAACCGAGACGCCAUUACCUCAUUCAAACAAAGGAUCCAAAUGUUAUGCCGCCGGUUUUAGUAUGCCGGAUACAUUAGCUCGUCUUGAGAAGGACUUCCACGAGCUGUUUCGACUGAAGUUCGAACCAAAUUUGAUCGUCAUUCUAUACUUGCGUGCACGUGACCAUCGCGCUCGGAUCCUAUGCCAAGUCACCUGUUCACCGUCAAAGACAGUUUAUGCGACGGAGCCAUUGAACAGGCUCACGCUCUCUCGCGAACAAUCCCAUCUCCUAUUGUGUACAUCAUCAUCGAAAGAACAAGGAUUAAGGGCCUGGCUGAGUCUCCAAUUUGACACUAUUGAGAAAAUGGUAUUGUUUCAUUGCGCAUUUAUUGCGCUUCGAGGACAAGAUUCCGGUCACCCAAUCAGCAGUACUCCAGACCCAUUUUCUCUCGAUGAAAAGGAAAUCUAUGGCGGCUUGAUCCUCGACGAUAGUUACCUCCACGCGCUUCGUAUUUUCCAGGAUCGCGCUUCCGGUGUUAUCCGUUUACAGGCCUCGAUUCACUCUGGUGAAAUGGCAGACGUUCCUAUAUGGACGGCUUUUAUACACGAUUAUAUAGGGUCGAAAUCAUGGAUGCGGCGCGUGGACUAUAAAACAAUUAUCCUUUCGGAUCUCGACCGUGCGACAUUCAUCCAUUCGGAUCAAUAUACUCCUCGAAUAACUCGACAUCAUGAGCAUGUGCUUACUUUUACCAAAGAAUCCGAUGCGGAAGACUUUGAGUCGGAGAUUACCCUCCUUCGGCGUCAUUCUCGACUUUAUAAAUGA